AUGGCCGUCCAAACGCCCAAACAGCGCAUUGCCAAUGAGCGUUUUCUGAAGCGCACGAGAGACGAGAGAAAGCUGGGAAAGCGCAAGGUCGCAGACUCCAAGCCAAAGUCGCGUCUGCCCAUGUCCUGGACCGUUGCGCUGCUGUUCUUGCUCGUGGGCGGUGGGAUCCUAGAGCUAGUGAGCCUGUUCCUCUGA